CAGCGCCGGGCGUCCAUUGGCAGAGCGGGGAGCAGCCACUUCCUCCUCCCGCUGGCGCCGCAGGAGCAGCAUCCCAGCCUAGCCCCGCCUGCCGCCGCUGCUGGGAACUUUGGCUCUCCGGCGUCUCGUCCCUCUGUGAGCUUCCCCCCUCGUCCGCCGCCGAGUCCCCGCGGGCAGGGCUGGGGGAUGCGGCCGGGCUUGGCCGAGAGGAAGCGCCGUGAUUAGAGCGCCGCGGCGCGGGGAGGUCUCGCCGCCGCCCCAUGGCGAGGGCUGCCGGUCUCUAGCGCCCCGGCGCCGCCGCAGCCCCGCGCCUCCUCCCUCCGCGCUGCCAUGAGACGGGCUUUGGAGCGGAGGCCGGAGCUGGAGUGCAGCGCAGCUCCGGAGCAGUGGAGCUACAGGUUUUUGCCUAGAGCUGGAGCGGAGCCGGAGUACAGCUCCAAAGCCCUGCGUUGAGUCCAAGGCUCUAAGAAAGGACUUGACUUCUCCAAUGAUCUACAAUGAUAGAUGGAGUUAUGAUUCUUUCCGUGCUGCUGCUGCUGGCUUUUCCAUCACCCAGUCUGGAAGAUGAGCUGAAUCUAAAUAUGGUCCACUACGAGUGUGUGUGUGAAGGCAUGUCCUGUGGGAAUGGAGAUCGCUGCCGGGGCCAGCAGUGCUUUGCCUCCCUGAGCAUAAAUGAUGGCACUAAAGUUUACCAGAAGGGCUGCUUCCAAGUCUAUGAACAGGGGAAAAUGACAUGCAAAACACCCCCAUCUCCUGACCAAGCUGUCGAGUGCUGUCAGGGAUAUUUGUGCAACAUGAAUAUCACAGCACAAUUGCCUACUAAAGGGCAAACCCUCCAGGGAGAAGCUGUGGGUUACAGCAUGGAAAUGCUAGUCAUUGUUAUACUGGCUCCGGUGAUAGUGCUGAUAAUAUUUUCAGCGUUAGCUGUGCUGAUUAUUCGAAAAAUACAGCAAAACCACAUGGAAAGGCUCAAUGCUAGGGAUGCAGAGUACGGCACAAUUGAGGGACUCAUUACAUCAAACGUUGGCGACAGUACAUUGGCAGACUUAUUGGACCAUUCCUGCACAUCUGGAAGUGGCUCUGGUCUUCCUUUCCUGGUACAAAGAACAGUGGCUCGUCAGAUUACGCUCUUAGAGUGUGUAGGAAAAGGCAGAUAUGGAGAGGUCUGGAGGGGUCAGUGGCAAGGAGAAAACGUUGCAGUGAAGAUCUUUUCUUCACGAGAUGAAAAAUCCUGGUUCAGGGAAACUGAAUUGUACAACACUGUGUUACUGCGGCAUGAAAAUAUUUUAGGUUUUAUUGCAUCAGAUAUGACUUCUAGAAACUCCAGCACCCAGUUGUGGUUAAUUACACACUAUCAUGAAAUGGGAUCUCUGUACGACUACCUACAACUCACUACACUAGACACUGUCAGCUGCCUACGAAUAGUCCUGUCCAUAGCCAGUGGUCUUGCACACUUGCACAUAGAGAUAUUUGGGACCCAGGGGAAGCCUGCCAUUUCCCAUCGGGACUUGAAGAGCAAAAAUAUCCUUGUUAAAAAAAAUGGGCAGUGCUGCAUAGCAGAUUUAGGUCUUGCAGUUAUGCAUUCCCAAAGCACUAAUCAGUUGGAUGUGGGGAACAACCCCCGUGUGGGUACCAAGCGCUACAUGGCGCCUGAAGUCUUAGAUGAAACCAUUCAAGUGGACUGUUUUGACUCUUAUAAAAGGGUUGACAUCUGGGCUUUUGGACUAGUCCUCUGGGAAGUAGCUAGACGCAUGGUUAGCAAUGGUAUUGUAGAAGACUAUAAACCUCCAUUCUAUGAUGUGGUUCCAAAUGACCCUAGUUUUGAAGAUAUGAGAAAAGUGGUCUGUGUGGAUCAGCAAAGGCCAAACAUUCCCAACAGAUGGUUCUCAGACCCAACACUAACCUCUCUUGCCAAGCUGAUGAAAGAAUGCUGGUAUCACAAUCCAUCGGCAAGACUAACAGCCCUGCGUAUCAAAAAGACUUUGACCAAAAUUGAUAAUUCCUUAGAUAAACUGAAAGCUGACUGUUGAUGUUCUUGUGGUGCUGUCAAGAUGGAAGUCUUUUUUGUCCAGUUCAGAAAUAUUCUGGCCUGACUAGUUCUAGAACUGGUCCCGAAUGGCUUCUUAGAGGCAGACGUUCUUAUCUAGCCAUUCGUUUGGGAAACAAUGGAACCAUACGAACCCUGAACCCUGCUCAGUGACUGUCGUGGGCAUUUCACAAAGGGUCAAACUAUAAAGACUUAUGCUGGAUGUACUGUUGCAAAGAUAGUGGCCUGAAGGAAGACACAGAAAUCCUAAAACAAGAUCAGGGCAUUAAACAAUGGCUUUGAAUAGCUUUUUAUAGAGAGUCUCCUAGUCACUCCCAGGACAAACACAUGGAAGUGGUAAAUUUUAAUCAGCAAUAUUGCCUGUGCUUCUCCUCUUUAUUGCACUAGGAAUUCUUUGCAUUCCUUACUUGCACUGUUACUGUUAAUUUUAAAGACGUGACUUGCCAAAAAUGAUUGGCUAUGUACCCCAUUGAUCUGUGUCUGAACAAUAGGAAAUCGAUUUGAUAAAUUGAAAAUGUACCUGUCAGAUUUUAGUGCAUUUUACAUGUGUACUGAUGUUUACAAUAAUGCUGAACAUUAGGAAUUUCUCAUUUAUACAAAACUUGCAAAUUAUUUAUUACUAAUGCACUUGCCAGUUUUAAAAAACUGAAUAAGUGCAUAAAGUUAAAGCUUAUUUUUAUGUGGCCUCUUUCAUUAUUUCUUACACAGACGUUUUUGUAACACAAUAUAAUCUGAAACAGAAAUUGCUUUCUGUAUUAUCAUAUUACAACGUGUUAGUCACAUUUUAAAUGCUUCACUUUUGUAGGUGUGGUCUGUAACAUGAGUUCAGUUCAAAUGCGGAACAUAUAUUUAGCCACUACCCACACAACACCGCAUCUAGUGUCUUACUGAUCUAGAACAUGAAAGCAAUGUAGGACUUCAGUAGAUUUUUAAGUCAUGAAUGCUGUUGGAAAAUGCAUUUUUUUUUCUUCUAAGCUCUACAUAAUGUGCAUUUAAACUCUGCCAGAAAACACUAUUUUGUUUUUAAUCUACUUUUUCUAUUUAGUAGUUAUUUGUAUAAAUUAAAUAGAAUGUUUUCAAGUCAAA